UCUCCCAGAGUGGACGGUUUCUCAGGACUCAUCAUCCUACAUUCACUGCGACUAUGAAAAAGAUGACAUGGCGCUGUAAAGCGUAAUCCCUCAAUCUGAUGACGUUGUGGAUACACCUCUGAUUCUGGAGCCAAACGUACGCUAUGAAGUUUUCUUAGGAGUUAAAUGAAUAGGUGACAGGCUGUGCCUGCUGUGCAAACCUUAAUUCUUCUCUCGGCGCUCUGUGAGCUUCACAACAUGUCUAAGUUAUGCAUUGUCAUCGUAAUGUGCUGUGCGUGUUUUCCGCGGGGCUUUGCCGCGCCAAAGACCCUGGGUGCAGAUCCCAGGUCACAAGUUCAGAGCAAUGCAGAGCAAAAUGACAGGCUGCAGGAGGAGAUAGAUGGCCAAGAGAGCAUCCUCUCUAAGCUGCUGGGUGAUUAUGACAAAGUGAAAGCCCUCUCGGAAGGCUCUGACUGUCGGUGUAAAUGUGUUGUCAGACCCCUGAGCAGGAGCGCCUGUCGGCGGAUAGAAGAAGGGAGCGCCACUGCGCAGGAUUUCUACACUGUGGAGACUAUCACAUCUGGACCUGAGUGCAAGUGCGCCUGCAUCGCUCCUCCGUCAGCGGUCAACCCCUGCGAGGGAGAGUACAGGCUGAAAAAACUUAGGGAAGCUGGAAAAGAGAAUGUCAAGCUGUCCACCAUUCUUGAGCUGCUAGAGGGCUCCUUCUAUGGCAUGGACCUACUGAAGCUGCACUCCAUCACCAAUAAGCUCCUGGAUCGUGUGGAGCACAUUGAAAAGGUGGUGUCUUUGAACAGCACCACGGACGAGGUGAAGCCCCAGGAGAGCCCUCCCACUGAGGCAGAUGUGACAGAAAGCCCGCCCACCCCUCGUCCCCCCCGGUAUCAGGACAAGACGAGACUCAGUGAGGUCAGCGGGGCAGCAGUUUAUCAGAACCCAGAUGGAAAGUAUGAGGAGAAGUUUAUUGGGGAAAAUUCGUCCUUCCUGCAGACCGAUGGUUCUGCUCAGAUCACUGACGUCAAACCCCAGGUGCCUCCCAACAAUGUGGCUAACAAGGAGGCUUCUCAGGUGUCAAAGACCGGCCCCAACGGCAUGAUCAUCAGAGGAAUGACUUUUUAUAAAUCUGAGCCAGAUCCGAUGGUGGCAGAUGAUGGGGAGCCUGGAGAAAACUUUUUUGAGUAUCAUGGAUUCAGUGGUGAUGGCCCAGUCAACCUCUUCAUUGAGGAGAAUCUUCUUCAGCACAGAGUCCCUCGCCCCAGGACGAGGGCGGGGCCGAGAUCGUUUCGACCAAAGACAACAGCUCCUUUGCAGGGUUCCAAGACCAGCCAAUCAACAAAACCGAAAGAAACUGAGUCCACUUCAGAAACUCAUGAUGGGUCCGUCAGUGCCAUUGAAACCGCAUCGGUCAAUAUGUCUGCAGAUGCACAGAGUGACACAUCCACGAGGAGAAGUGUCACGUUUGGACCAACCACUACCACACAAAAAAACAGGACCACAGACACCACAUCUCACACUAGUCAUAGAGUCACUGCUGGAAUCACUAAGUGGCCAAUCCCCUUAAUGGAUGAACCAGCCGGCACCUCCCCAGGAGUCACUACCAAGGAAACAACCAAAACAACAAUGAACACAACCCAUCCCUCUGCAAUUACAGCCACAACAGAGACAAUCCUACCAGUAUUCACAGUAAGAAAUACACCAACCACCGUGAUAGAAACGUCAACCCUGGAGCUGAAUGAGCAAAUGCAAACCGUACCUGGCAGCACUGCAUCCUAUCCAAGCACACUUGCGCCAAAACCAACCACAGAGGCUUCAACUACCAGCCUACCUUCCACUGUGACCAUUACAACCCAUGCUGUCCUCACCUCAGCACCAAUACACCCCACGACAGCUUCCACAACAGCUACCUCUGCACAGGCUACUACUACAACUCCAGAGGAAGAAACUGAGUCCACCUCCUUUUCAGCUUCCACUUUGCCUCCUACCACACAGAGACUGACCACUUUGCCUUUCACCACACCUGUGACUACCUCUUCUACAGCUACCACCACCACCACCACCACCACCACUACCACUACCACCACCACUACCAGGCAGGCCGCUCAAGUUAAACAGAAAUACAAAAUCAGCUGGGAAGAGCAUGAGGGGGAGGAAGGACACCUGGAAUUAGAUGAGCCAAUGCAAAGACAGGAGGAAUCUACUUCACAAAAACCUGGGGAGUGUAAGGACACUUUGGCAACAAUCUCUGAGCCAGUAACUCACAACACCUAUGGCAGGAAUGAAGGAGCGUGGAUGAAGGAUCCAAAGUCUGAUAAUGACAAAAUUUAUGUCACAAACUUCUAUUAUGGCAACAACCUCCUGGAGUUUCGCAACCUGGAAGUUUUCAAACAAGGCCGUUUUACCAACUCCUACAAGCUGCCUUACAACUGGAUCGGCACAGGCCAUGUGGUCUACGAUGGGGCCUUCUACUACAACCGUGCCUUCUCCCGUGACAUCAUCAAGUUUGACCUGCGUCAGCGUUACGUGGCCUCGUGGACAAUGCUGCAUGAUGCCCUGGUCGAAGAGUCGUCAUCACCGUGGGAGUGGCGCAGUCACUCAGACAUCGACUUUGCCGUGGAUGAGAGCGGCCUGUGGAUCAUCUACCCGGCACUGGAUGACGAAGGCUUCUUACAGGAAGUGAUCGUUCUGAGUCGACUGAACCCCUCGGACCUCAGCAUGCAGAGGGAGACCACCUGGAGAACUGGGCUCAGGAGAAACCACUACGGGAACUGCUUCAUCGUGUGCGGCGUCCUUUACGCUGUUGACAGCAACAACCAAAAGGACGCCAACCUGGAAUACGCCUUUGACACGCACACAAACACUCAAAUGAUUCCCAGAAUGCCCUUCACCAACAACUACACCUACACUACGCAGAUUGACUACAAUCCCAAAGAGGGAGUGUUGUAUGCGUGGGACAAUGGACACCAAGUCACAUACAACAUUAAGUUUGCUUAUGUAGACCCUAAGUAAGGGUCUGACGGUAGUUAUUUUAAAAGUUAAUUCUAUGGUUUGAGUGGAUUGUAGAUCAGUCCACAUGGCCUUCAGGAUGGAGACAAAUGGGGGCCAAAUGUACAUAUAUACUUCAGUAUAUUGUGAUUAAAUUGCUUUGUUUUAAGUUUUACCUGAAAAAAGUGAAAAAGUGAGCCUGAUUCCUCAGUCAACACAUCAAGUUGUACUGUAUAUAUUGUAAUGCUGUAAAAAAAAAAGAAAAAAAAAAAAAAA